ACUGCUUAUCAGUUAGUCGACACCCAGAAAGCGAUUGAGUCAGCUCGACUGGGAGUUCACUUGAGAGAAAAACACGCCUGUUGCUGCCCAAACAGGUUUGACGAGGACACACCUGUAGGAAGAACAGCAAGCUUUGUUUCUCAGCUCCAUUUUGACCUCUGUGGACGACGGACGGAUCGAAAGCAAACGAAGGACGCCUUGAGACGAACUUGUUUUGAGCCUUGAAUUCUACUAUGAAGAUGUGGAUUUUCCUUGUUCUUGUCGCCCUCGCGGCCGGAGCCUCAGCCCAAAGCUGUUCAUGUAACACUAUGAAGUGGGCCACUUGUGAUGGAGAUCCUUGUGAGUGUUAUCUCUUGGUUGGUGAACAGAUGAAACAGACACUUGACUGCUCUGAGUUGAUCCCCAAGUGCUUUCUGAUGAAGACUGAGAUGUACAGAGCCAAAAAAGGCAUGGACACUCGUACUUUUGGAGGAAAGCCCGUGGAGACUGCCUUUGUGGACAAUGAUGGCAUCUACGACCCGGAGUGUGAGAAUGAUGGCAAAUUCAAGGCCAAGCAGUGCAACAACACAGAGGAGUGCUGGUGCGUCAACAGCGCCGGUGUUCGCCGAACAGACAAGGGAGACAAGAACCUAAAGUGUGACAAGCUGGUGGAGACCUACUGGGUUCGUCUUCAGCUGACUCACAAACCAGUGACAGGUCCUGUGGAUGUUAAUCAAUUGAAGAUGGCUAUUGCCGAUGCUAUCCACAAGCGUUAUGUCAACUUUAACAAAGACUUGGUGAAAGAGAUUGAGUAUGACCCUGAUGCCCGUAUGAUUGUGGUGGAUGUGAUGAAGCCCAAGGGAGAGCGCGAAAGCGAUUUGACCAAAAUGGCCUACUACAUGGAGAAAGAUGUGAAAGUGCUGCCGCUGUUCAAGGACCAGGAGCUGUUUGAGCCUGUUGUGGGCAGCCAGAGGAUGGCGAUGGAGAACAUCUUGGUGUACUACGUGGAUGAAGAGGCACCGACAUUCACCAUGAAGCAUCUUACUGGUGGAAUCAUUGCCGUCAUUGUGGUGGUCGUGCUGGCUGUGGUGGCCGGCCUGCUACUCCUGUUCUUCUACAGAAGGCGUCAGAGUCAGAAGUACAACAAAGCUCAGCAAAGAGAGCUGGAUCCCAUGUAAAUUCUUCAUGGCUGCAGGAGGCCAGAGUCAUUGUUGGAUCCACAUACUUGCAGUGUGCCAUGUACCGUUCUACAUGAAGACACAUUUUUGUAAAGGAACAAUCAACAUGCUUGUUUUUAUUGGCACUAUUGAUACUGCCUUCUAUUUAUAAAUUGUGUAAAGUUUUAAGCACUCUUCCACCUUUACGCCAUGCUUCAAAAAGUAGUCGGAGUAAAUGCUGCAGUUAAAAUUUUAGACACUGUUCAAUGGUUUUAAUUCCUUGUUUGUACAGUUUCUUACAAAUGUUUUGUUUUGGAUUGUUUUUAAUAAAAUGUUUUAAAGACUA